AUGUCACGCACCUGCUACCGAAUUGCAGCUCUUGUCUUCCUUGCCUCCCUCGUCCGCGCACAGAUCCCUGCAGGCACUACAGCGGGCGAGGGCGGACCGACGAGCGGGCCAAGCAGCUCGCCAGAAGCGGCAGGCUAUACUUGCGACGCAUCAGUCUGCAAGCUCCCCGCUUGCCAAUGCGCCAGUCUCACACCACCGGGCGGGAUCAGUCCCAAGGACACGCCCAUGUUUAUCACUUGGACAAAUGACGACGCCGUACAAACGUAUACGGUUGAUGCAGUAAGCCAGUUCCUCGGGAACCGCACAAAUCCGAAUGGCUGCCCUGUCAAAUCGACCUAUUUUGUCUCGCUCGCGUAUACCAACUAUUCUCUCGUGACCGACUUGCUCGUAGCGGGCAACGAGAUAGCAGAUCACACGAUGACUCACGUUGGCGAUGCAUCGGCAGAGGAAAUCAAUGGCAAUAUGAUUGCGCUCAACACGCUGGCGGGUGUCCCUCUGAGCGCUAUACAAGGCUUCAGAGCGCCUUUCCUCAAUUACACACCCGCACAGAUGACCCGUCUGCACACCGCAGGCUUCACUUAUGAUUCUUCGGUAAGCGCGGCAUCGCCAUGUGACGCAGUCAACACCGACUGCUACUGGCCCUAUACGCUUGAUUCUGGCUUCGCGAAUGACUGCUUGAGCGUCGACGGGCUAUGUCAAGGCAAGACGAAGCUGCCCGGCAUGUGGGAGAUUCCCAUGUAUGCGACCUUUGGUAACGACUCUGCUUCUGACAUCUCGCUCAUGGAUCCCUACUUGGACGAUGCCAAUCCAGACAACGUUCUUGCCAAGCUCAAGUCGACCUUUCUCACGCAUUACAAUGGCAACAGAGCGCCGUUCGGUCUCUACAUGCAUCCGAUCCACCUCGCCUCAGACUAUCCUGGCGUGCCCAAACCGGCUCUGCAGAUCAAUAUGCUCAACGAGUUCCUCAGCUGGGCUCAGGAUCUGCCUGGCGUGUGGAUCGUGACCAAUCAGCAGCUCCUAGCCUAUGCGAAGAAUCCACAGACCCUCAGCAACCUCGCAGCAGUCACUGAGCUGGGGUGUAGUGUGCCAGAUGUCAGCGAGAAGAUCUGCAAUGGCAUGCCGGCGAAUGAAGCCGGAUUACAGAGCACCUGCGUCGUCGAGGGCAAUUAUUUCUCGACUUGCUAUGGCUGUCCGUCUAGUCUACCAACGCCUGACACGCCACUGCCUGCGCAAGUGGCAGCUUCGGAUGGCGACCAGCUUCGCUUCCGGCUGCCUUCGAACUGCUCGACAGCGUGGUUUGAUCCCGUCAAGAACGAAUGUCUGUGCACUGGCGACGUAUGCGCUUUCAGCGACAUCACACGACCUAUUGGACCCAACGGCGCAAGUCUGCACCCAUCGGCCGGCACCGACAGCACGAGCACAGCUACAGUCGCCUCCUUUGCACCAUUUUCGAGCGAUAGCGUUCGAUCGAGCCUGUCAUUCGCGUCUUUAGCCGCCGCUACUCUUGUACUGGGCCUUAUGCGAGCAGCAGCCGUAGCAUUGGCCGCAGUAGCACACUCAGUGUAUGCGCAGACGAGCUCCGAAACACCAGGCUCGACGCCAUUGUACAUCACCGAGCCAGCUUGUGGCUUCUUCGAGUGUCAUGUGGCCUAUUACGAAGGCAGCAACUAUCUCGUCAAUUGGCUCAAUCCUCCGUCGGGCAAUGUCGUCAUCUCCCUCAACAACCAGAACGAUACCACUCAGAGUUUCGUCAUUGCAGCCUCGACGCCCGCCACCACUUCUGACUGCAACGCUGGCUCAGGCUACGGCGUCCCCGUCAGCGGCGUAGCGUGCGGCGCUUUUGCGUUCACUGUGCCGAGUGCGUGGCCGGUCACAGGACCACUCUACUCGAUCUCCGUCGUUUCGCAGUCGGAUGCGACCGUUGCGGGCUAUACCGAUCGAAUCGAAGUUCACCCUGCCAACUCGACGGCAGUCGCGGUGCCUGCGACAGUAGUCCCCAUUGCAGUCGCUUCGGCGACAUCUGUCAGUGGCGCCUUCUCUGCCAUCAGCACAGGCACAGCUGCAGCCAACGCUACCGCGGCAUCGUCUGGGGCCAGCUCGGUAGCGAGCACGACAGCGCCUGCAAGCUCUUCUGUGUCGCAAGCGAGCUCAGUAGCAUCUUCGGCAGCCUCUUCCGCUUCUGCAUCUGCCAGCGCAAGCAGUACACCUUCAAGCUCAGGCACGACCCUCAUCGCACGACCCCUUGUCGCUCUGGCCGCACUUUUGUUCAGUCUGUGA